AUGGCGGCGCCGGCGGUGAACUCGCCGCUAUUUCGGCGCGACGUCGUGCACCGCGUCGUCCUGGGGGCACUGGGCGCACCGCACUUCCCGCAUGCAAAUCUAGAAGAGGUGCUACGUGCAGACCGCGAUGCCAAUGCGCCGCUGCCCUCCUUGACGCCGGAAGAACGUCAUGCCGUUGACGAGGCAGCCAAGGCAUUGGCCCUAUACUGCGCGACCGACGCGUCUGGCGAAGGCGAGGACAAAAAGAAGGAAGCGCUCCUAUGGCAGUAUACCCACGCAGGGUGCAUGAUCCUGCAAUGCGACCUCGGCGCGGCACAGCGGCAGCUGGAGCAGCUCGCACUCCAAUCCACGCUGCUUGUCGCCUUCCUACUCUGCUCGCCCCAGGUGGGCCAUGCUAGCCUCGGCGUGCUCCCUGCCGGCAACCAAAUCGCCAAUGCUUUCUGGGAGACUAUCUUGAAGGAACACGGUCUGAACAACGAAGGCCAAUACGUCGGCCAGGACCCCGAUCUGCAGCUGUCGCGUAUUAAUGUGUUCUUUGACGAGUCGAGCCAGGAGGGCAAGUAUGUUCCUCGCUCCGUCAAUGUCGACCUGGAGCCGGGCACGAUUGACCACCUCAAGUCCGGUCCGAUGGGCCAGCUCUUCCGUCCCGACAACUAUGUGCACGGCGAGUCGGGUGCUGGUAACAACUUCUCGAAGGGUUACUACACCGAGGGUGCCGAGCUAAUGGACUCUGUGCUCGAGGUUGCGCGCAAGGAGACCGAGCGUGCGGACUUUUUCCAGGGCUUCCAGCUGGUGCACUCGCUGGGUGGUGGCACGGGUUCAGGUCUCGGUACCAACCUGCUCAGCAAGCUGCGCGAGGAGUACCCUGACCGUAUGCUUGCUACCUGGUCGGUGCUUCCCUCGCCCAAGGUCUCGGAUACCGUCGUGGAGCCGUACAACGCCACGCUCUCGUUCCACCAGCUCGUCGAGAAUGCCGACUUGUCGUUCUGCAUGGACAACGAGGCUCUGUACGAUAUCUGCCAGCGCACGCUGCGCACGCAGUCGCCCAAGUACGAGGAUCUGAACACGCUCAUUUCCUACGCCAUGUCGGGCAGCUCGACCACGCUGCGCUUCCCUGGCCAGCUCAACUCGGACCUCCGCAAGCUCGGUGUGAACAUGAUUCCGUUCCCCCGUCUGCACUUCUUCACGUGUGGCUACGCACCGCUGGUUGCGUCCGCAUCGCAGGCGUACCAGGCUCUGAACGUCCCUGAGCUUGUUCAGCAGGGCUUCAGCUCGCGCAACAACAUGGCUGCGAUUGACCCCCGCGCCGGCAAGUACCUCACCGUCGCGGCCAUCUUCCGCGGCAAGAUCUCGAGCCGCGAGGUAGAGGCCGAGAUGCACAACGUGCAGGUCAAGUCCGCGAACGGCUUCGUGGAGUGGAUCCCCCAGAACGUGCAGACGUCGCUGUGCGACGUUCCCCCUCCGAACGUCAAGCUCAGCGCUACGUUCAUUGGCAACACCACCGCGAUCCAGGAGCUCUUCAAGCGUACUCACAGCCAGUUCAGUGCCAUGUUCCGCCGCAAGGCCUUCUUGCACUGGUACACCGGCGAGGGUAUGGACGAAAUGGAGUUUACCGAGGCUGAAUCGAACCUGCUCGACCUCAUUGCCGAGUACGAGCAGUACGAGGCCGCAACGAUCGACGACGACGAGGUGCUCGAAGGUGAUUACGAAGACGAGCAGUACGAGGAGGAGGUUGCCUACGAGGAGGAGGAGUACUAA